GCUAAAGAUGCAUCUUCCCUUUCUGCGGAGUGGCACCUUUUAUGGAUUAUAAUCUGGCCAAUCAAAAUCUGCCCGGUAACAAACUACUGAGGAUCAAAGGGAACCUUACAUUUUAGACAAACAUUUAUUAGGAAACAUGGUGGGACUUAAACCCUCAGAUGUUCCGCCUCCACUGGGGGUGAAGAUGGCGAGUGCUGGGGCUGCAGCCUGUGUUGCUGACCUUUUCACAUUUCCCCUGGACACAGCAAAAGUCAGACUACAGAUUCAGGGAGAGAUGAAGGGAAUGGAAGGCAUCCGCUACAGAGGGGUGUUUGGGACGAUCAGCACCAUGAUCCGAACAGAGGGGCCCAGGUCUCUGUACAACGGGCUGGUGGCCGGGCUGCAGAGACAAGUGUGCUUCGCCUCAGUCAGAAUCGGCCUCUACGACAAUGUCCGAGAUUUCUACACUGGUGGCAAAGACAACCCCGGUGUACUGGUACGAAUCCUGGCUGGUUGCACUACGGGCGCCAUGGCGGUGUCUUUCGCACAGCCCACUGAUGUAGUCAAGGUUCGAUUCCAGGCCCAGAUAACCCUGAACGGUGUGGCUCGUCGGUACAGUGGCACCAUGCAGGCCUACAAACACAUCUUCCAGAAUGAAGGCAUACGAGGACUCUGGAAAGGCACACUACCUAACAUCACAAGAAAUGCACUUGUCAACUGCACGGAACUGGUUACAUACGACCUGAUAAAAGAGGCCAUCCUAAAACACAAACUGCUGUCAGACAAUCUUCCUUGUCACUUUUUAUCUGCGUUUGGUGCCGGUUUUGUCACAACAGUGAUAGCUUCCCCUGUAGAUGUGGUGAAAACUAGAUACAUGAACUCUCCACCUGGUCAGUACAAGAGUGCCAUCAACUGUGCCUGGACCAUGAUGACUAAAGAGGGACCGACGGCUUUCUACAAAGGAUUUGUGCCCUCAUUUCUGAGGUUGGGAUCGUGGAACGUUGUGAUGUUUGUCUCAUUCGAACAAAUCAAGAGAGCCAUGAUGGUCACAAAGAAGAGGAUUGAGGACAGAAAUUAAUAUUCACAUUUGACAAUUUGACUGAAAAAUCUGAACCACCACUGGGUUAGAACAUCGAUGAAGAAAUAUCAACUCGCAUUUUAGUUUUCAUUCUUUUUGUCUUAUGGAGACAAAGAAGAAAAUCCUUUGUUGAAAAAGUAAUAUUUGAGUGAAGUGUACCUUGUAUUUGACUUUAUGUUGAACUGAAAUGCAGAUCUAUCUUUAUAUUUAUCGUUUUUCAUUAUGAACCCAUUUUAGAUUUAAUGGAAGUGAAUGGUGCGAACACUCGGUUGAGAUAAACCACUUUUUGGAAGUUGAGUCUGAACUUUAACAUCUAUGAAUCUAAGUCUGCCAAUGAUGCAUUUUAGCCAGCUUACAGCAGUGCACCUUUAAAUAAUACUGGUGCCCAUAAUAAAAUGUCAAACAGUUUUAUGUGAAAUUGUACUUGUCUUACAGACCUUGUGCUUCCUUAGUAACUUGUGAUCACUUUCACCACAAAAAAACACAUUUCAAAACAUUAAAAUGUGUAUUUAUUA